AUGAAGACGAGCCUGGACGGCGGCAUCGGGCUGUCAUUCCGUUCGAGCAGGACACCAGGGGCCCGAUCGGCGGCCAGGCCACCGGCGGCUGGGUUCAAUCGCGGCCAGGUCGUUAGGCAAUCGCGAUGGCGGCAGGUGUGCUCGGCCGCGAGCGGCCUUGGGGCCAGUCCGGUGGAUCAGAAUGGGUUGCCAGUGGCCACGGGGUCGCAGGCGCCCAGCGGCUCAGAGGAUGUGGGCGAGGGGAUGGUGAAGUUCGGCUUCCCCAAGGGCAGCCUGCAGAAGAGCACGGAGGACUUGUUUGGGAGGGCCGGUUUCAGGCUGAAGAUAUCAGAACGAAGUUACUUUCCGCAGAUCGACGAUGACCAACUGUGGCUGCUCCUCCUUCGUUCCCAGGAAAUAAGUCGCUUUGUGGAGGACGGCGUUCUGGACGCAGGAAUCUGUGGCCACGACUGGAUUGUUGAAAAUGGGUCUGAUGUGGUUGAGGUUUGCGAACUGCAGUACUCGAAAGCCACCUCAAGCCCUGCCCGCUGGGUGUUGGCGGUUGAAGAGAACAGCGAUGUGCAAACUGUGAAAGACCUUGAAGGGCAAAUUGUUGCUUCUGAGCUGGUGAAGACCACCGAGAGGUUCUUUAAAGAUCGUGGCGUGAACAUCAAGGUGGAGUACAGCUGGGGUGCCACGGAGGUGAAGGCCAGGAUCCCGGGGAUCGGUGGCAUCGUGGACAUAACUGAGACGGGCUCCAGCCUGAAGGCCAACAAGCUUCGCAUCAUCGACACCAUACUGUCGUCCACCACACGGCUCGUUGCCAACAAGUCAGCGUGGGAGGACAAGGUGAAGAGGCAGAAGAUCGAGGACCUGGCUGUGCUGCUGCAGGGGGCCAUACUGGGUCGCAGGAAGGUUGGCCUGAAGAUGAACCUGCCGACGUCCAAGUUGGAUGCGAUCAGCAGCAUCCUCCCCUCCGCUCUGUCCCCCACGGUGAGCACCUUGGUGGAUUGCGAGUACGUGGCGGUGGAAGUCGUGGUGGAAGAGAGGGCUGCUAGGUCGAUCAUCACAGAGUGCCGAAGAUGCGGCGCCUCGGGGAUCCUCACUUACUCUCUCAACACCAUCGUUCCUGACCUGGAUCUUGCUCGAUCUUGA